CACAAAACCAACACAUUAACGUCUUUCACAAUCUGGAAUCAUGCCUUCCGCCCAGUUUUUCAACUACCCCGGAACGGAGGCCAAUGCCGAGCAGUACCACUACUCCCAGGCGGUCAAACUAGGAAACACAAUCCGCACUUCAGGCCAGGGCGGCUGGGACGAGAAUGGGAAAGUCACGGCCGACCUUGAGAGGCAGAUCAGCCUUGCCUUUGACAACGUUCUGAAGGCCCUUCAAGCCGUCGACUCCCGUCUAUCGUUUAAUGACAUCUACGCCGUCCGCUCCUACCACAUCGACAUGGACGCAAGCUUCGACCUCAUGACGGCGCAGUUCAAAAGCCUGUUUCCCAACCACCGGCCUAUCUGGACAUGUGUACAGAUUGGAAAGCUUGGACUGGAAGGCAUGCAGGUGGAGGUUGAGGUCGAGGCGUCGAUUCCCGCUUGAGAACUCGUUUUGCAUGUUCUUGGAACAAAAAUAAGGGCUUGUCAAAGACUGAACUACUUCUGGCAUCUGCCAUCGCAAGAUCUUUUAGCAGCAUUUCGCUGUGCUCCGCAGCCGGAUAACGAUAUAGAUCCAUGAAUAGCCAGCCCCCGUGCUUCCGAACUCGAACAUACCUUCUGACCGA